UAAUCGACCCGGUAGUGGAUCUUUGGAACGUGGCAUAAGAUGGCGGCGCCUAUGGAGAAAACGAUACUGGUGUUCAUCAGUAUUUUUGUUUUGCUUUUGAUGGUCCCAUACUACAGCCAUGCACAAAACAAGAAAAACCAUAAGUCUCUCAUCAUUCGUGUUGAGGACUUCAAGGAGUUCAAAAAGCUUCUCCGAACCAAAACGAAUCUGUUGGUCAUUUGUGCUGAGUCAGAAAAGGCCACAGCCAAAGUGAUGAAGCUGUUUGACGAAGUUGCCCAAGAGAUGAAGGGCAAGGCCACUCUGGCUUACGUCAACUGCGGAGAAGAUAAAAAAUUCUGCAAGAAGUUGAAAUUUUCACCGACAGCGUAUGAUUUACGACAUUACAAGGAUGGUGAAUUUAACAAAGAGUAUGACCGAAAACUUGCCGUCAAAUCUAUGGUCAAUUUCUUAUUAGAUCCGACUGGGGAUUUACCCUGGGAGGAAGAUCCUACAGCCAAUGAUGUUGUCCACAUAUCUUCAGAGGAGGGUUUUAACAAGUUACUGAAGAAGACGAAAAACCCUAUUUUAGUCAUGUUUUAUGCACCUUGGUGUGGCUUUUGCAAGAGGUUAAAGCCAGAUUAUUCAGGUGCUGCUACAGAGUUAAAAAAUAAAUAUACACUGGUAGGUGUAGAUGUGGAUAAGCCACCAAUGAUGUCCUUACGGAUGCAGUACAACAUCACUGGCUUCCCAACACUUAUUUAUUUUGAAAAAGGCAAGGUGAAGUACAAGUAUGGCGGUGAGAACAAUAAGGCCGGAAUUGUUUCGUGGAUGAAAGAUCCCCAGCCUCCCAAAGAACCGGAAAAAGAAGCGGAGUGGGCAGAUGAGAAGAGUGAGGUGGUCCAUCUCACCGACAGCUCUUUUGAAGAGUUUGUCAAGCAGAAUCCGUCUGUUCUAGUCAUGUUCUAUGCACCAUGGUGUGGUCACUGCAAGAAAAUGAAGCCUGGUUAUACAGAGGCGGCUCAGCAACUCAAAGAUGAGGGGAUCACAGGAAUUUUAGCAGCUGUUGACGCCACCAAAGAGAAGAAGAUUGCUCAAGAUAACGGAGUGAAGGGUUUCCCCACAGUGAGAUACUUCAAAGAUGGAGAGUAUGCUUUUGAAGUGAAUGAGAGGGACAAGGAUAAGAUUAUUGAGUUCAUGAAAGAUCCCAAGGAGCCCCCACCUCCCCCACCCCCAGAGCCCAAGUGGGAAGAGGUGGAGAGUGAGGUCGUUCACCUCACCGAUGAUUCCUUCAAAGGUUUUCUCAAGAAGAAGAAACACUGCCUGAUCAUGUUCUAUGCUCCUUGGUGUGGACAUUGCAAGAAAGCAAAACCAGAAUUCAUGUCAGCUGCGGAAAAAUUCAAGGAAGAUACUAAGGUUGCCUUUGCUGCUGUAGACUGCACCAGCCAGACAGGAUCUUGUUCCAGCAAUGAUGUCACAGGCUACCCAACCUUCAAGUACUUCAACUAUGGCAAAAACUCACAGAAGUACAUGGGAGGAAGAAAUGAGAACGACUUUGUCGCGUUCAUGAACGACCCUCUGAACCCCGCCCCGACCCCGGCCCCUCCCGCGGUCCAGUCGAUGGACGAGCAGUGGCGGGACUUUGCGGGCUACGAGAGCCUGGCACUCCUCAGUGCCUCCAACUUUGAACUGGUGGUGGCGGAGAGCUCCCAGCUGCUGGUCAUGUUUUACGCACCGUGGUGUGGACAUUGUAAGAAGAUGAAGCCAGCCUAUGCUGAAGCAGCUGCUAUAGUGGAGAGGGAAGGGCUGGGUACUUUGGGAGCUGUAGAUGUCACAGUGGAUGGAGAUCUGGGCUCUCAGUACAACGUCAAGGGAUUCCCAACCUUGAAAUUUUUCAAAAAUGGGCAAGUGACUGACUACAACAGCGGAAGAUCACAAGAACUGCUGGUGAAGUUUAUGCGAAGUCAAGCAAGUGUUGCGUCAGAAAAAGUUGAAGACGAGGAGGACGCUGCCGAGGCCUUAGACAUGGCGCCCAAACAACGAGGAAUAGAGGAGCCCCGCCCCUCCGCCUUUGUCCCCUCCCGCUCUGUCCAGGGCCUGGUGCAGGCUAACUUCUCGCAGUACCUCAAUGACAAGCAGGCUGCCCUGGUGAUGUUCUAUGACCCAGACUGCCAGUAUUGUAACCAGGCCAAGCCACAUUUUAUGAAGGUAGCCAAAACUCUACAGAACAAGCAGAGAGGCUUUGGUUCCGUCGACUGCACACAGGAAAAGGGCCUGUGUGAGUUGGAGAAAGUAACUGGCUACCCGACGUUCAAGCUGUACGUUGGAGGCAAGUUCCUGAGCCGAUUUGCGGAGACUCCCAACGCCCAGACCAUGAUCCGCUUUGUGGAGAAUGCCCCAGUGGCCGUUGAGCCGACGCCGGACGAGAAGCCGAGUGGCAGCCGUCGCAGCAAGGAGGACUUGUAGGCUGGGAAGGAUGAUCAUCUGUUGCCCGCACCGACCCCCCCCCCUCCCUCCUGGAUUUUUAAGCAAAACCGCCGCCUCCACCCCAACCAACCUUGACGUUAUAUUGCCCCUCUCUGUCUUCUUAUCCUCAGUCGACUAAAGUUUACUUUAUUUUUCUAUAACAAGGAGAAUCAUAUAUACACACUUGUUUCAAAUACUAGCAUCAAAAGACCCUUGCUUGCUCUUUAGCCAAAUUCUUACAUUUUUCUAUAUAUAUAUAUAACCAUCUAGUGCACACUGAAUAUAAGUGAUAUUACUGAUAGAGUCGUCUUCAACAUUCCCUUAUGACGAUAGCACAUUAUUUCUCUGCGUCUCUGUAACAAUUAGUAUUAAUAUCACAGUUUAUUGAGUAUUUUCUUCUAACGUCCUGAUAUUUUUGGAUAUUUUUUUUUGUCUUCAACUCGGUACUUCACAAAUCGUCUCUGUGAAAGAUCUAGUACAGUAUUAUGUUGUGCAGUGUAUCUGUCACAUCAGCGUAUGGGUACACGCCACAUGCCCCCGCUAGGUUUCACGCAGAUAGCAAAUUCAAACGCUCCCGACCAGACAGGCGCAGAUGUUCCUUACCCUGCACCUCUUCCCUGUUGGUAGAUGUUUUCACAAAGCAGAUUAACGGAGAGAAAGCUUGUGCUUGGAUGUCUGAAGUGUUGCUCUUAACCCCUCCGUGACGCUGGGUCAGUUUGUGCUUCACCGAGCAGUUUUGGAUCCUCAGGGAUGAAGUGUAGCGCUCGGUAUAGCAGCUGACUGCCUGUAAUUAAAUCCAGUUUGUGAAUACGACAGACUGCCUGUAAAAGCAAAAGGUUCUUUUGUACGGAACAGGUAUUGCUGAAUCCGAAUCUGCAAUUAGUUUUACCCAAGAGCGUCAUUGUUGUCUUCACGCUUCACAAGGCAAAAUGAGUGCUGUUCAUCAUCACAGCAGCAUUUUAUCUCCUUCGCCACAUGAGAAAACAAAGACGAACGGUGCUCAUCAUGUAGAUCACGAAGGGGUGAAACAGUUUGUGUUAUGUUCUGCUUAUCCUGUGUAUAGAUCUGCCUUUUGUUAUGGCUGCUUGUCCAAGCUCGGGAGAAAGUUGACGUAUGAGAAGAAAUAAAGAUUAUAUUCCAACAGAAUGAUAUUUGCAGUAGCAUCUUUUAUUUUUAUCCCCCCCCCCCCCCUUGCAUAAUUUCAUUUCCUGUAUUAUCCACUCUUUGGUGUUGGUCUUUAUUCAUUUUUAUUUUAAUACUAGUUUGUGGAUGCAUUAAAUCUUAUUUUUAUUGAUUUUAACUGAUAUAUUGAGUUUUGUUUUGUACUUUGAUUUUAUAACACAAGUUUAAUGUCUGACUAGUAAUGGUUUGUUUAUUGAUAAUCAGCGUUUUCACUUUGUUUAUGCUUUUACUGUUUUAGUUGAGAAAAUUUGUGUCUUUAACAGUUUUGUGCUUAUUUUCUGCAAAUUUCAGACCCCCUAUUUAGUUUUAAUUUUAUAGUUCGUUUUGAAUUGUGAUCCGGAGUACAUGCUGAUGACGCAUGAUUUUUAGAAUGUUGUAUGAUAUGACAGAAAUGGUGUCUGUCAGUGAGAUUUGGCCAUUUCAAAAUAUUUGGUAAAAAAUGAGCAAGGACGAGCGUGUUUAAGAUGUCAGUAGGUCAACAUCGCUGGUCCCUGGUACAGAUUCUCCAGUGAUGAUUUUCUGUUGAAGCUGUUCUAGCAGUGAAAAAAGGAAAGAGGGAAUGAAUACAUCACUUCUUAAAAAUCAUCUUGCAGUCAGUGGAGUUUCAUGGAUGUUUUUUUCCAUGUGUGUACAGUAGGAGAGAGGAUCUUUUAGGGUCUUAUUGAUCAAAUAUUGGAAAGUACUAUAAUUUUGAUGCGGCUGUAUUCAGACCGAAAGGCCCAAACUUGAACCCAGGCUCAAACUCGAACUCAGACGGCAGCUGGAUGGGAAAAGUAAAGUAAAAGUAUGUGGCUGUAUGAUGUGGGCUUCUGUUGGUAAGGUAUAGACAGUCUGUUGACAAACAUUUGUGUUUCUUGAUCCUGUCAAAUAUUUGGUUGCUCAUUUUGCUGCAGUGCCUUUUGUAUGUGUACUGAUACUUAACAUUUUUUUAAAAGUUUGCGUAAGAAUUUAGAAAAAGGAAGUCUCUCAAGACCAAACCCUAUGUUGUUUGUAUAUCUAUGGCUUUGUGUAUUAUUAUAUCUCCUGCGAAAAAAAUCUGGACUUAUUUGUCUCACAGAAACUUGAGUAGCGCUGAAAUACUUAAUGCUUUUUAUCUGUCUUUUUUUUCUUUGAAGUAAGUUUAGUAAUAAGGAGAUAUAUUAUGGUUUGAAAUCUUGUAAACAGUUAUUGUUCUCAUCAUUAUAAGGAGUUACAGACUUUUCCCUUACUUGAACCUCUUUUGGCUUUGGUAAUGGCUAUCUUCUAAAUUGAAAGCUCUACUUGUUCUUUUGCAUUAUUUUUUUAUUUGGUCAGAUUUCAUUCUCAAAAUUUUGUUUUCGUGUUCAAUUGCCUCCCUGGAAGAGUUAAACUUGAACAUUUGCUCCCUCGCCUAGCCUCUGCUGGUUUUCUGUAUUUGUAAAAACCAACUUUUUUUUUUUUAAGCUAUGUUUGAACCACAGGUACGGUCAUGUCUGUGUCUUGCCGCUGGCUUCUACUGUGUUUUCAAUCACUUUACCCGCCAAAUCCAAAGAACUGUUCUGUUCUUGCAAUACCAAAGUUUUAUGUUUACAAUCAUGUAGGCCCUCUCGUAAUGACUCUGACCACUGAACCUGGAAGAUGUGAACUUAGGUUCCAUUUUGCACUUUUAUUCUUUAAGGGGAUAAAUCAUGCCCUGACUCAAUGACUGUGGCUGCAGUGUACUUUUGACGUUAUGUCCACAUAUAUACUAAAACAUUUUUUAUUUUAUUUAUCAUGAUAUACAUGGCAUGGUGAUGGUUUUUUAAUUAUGACAUCUGGCCACAUCUUUUUUAUCUUGUCCUCUUGUGUUUAUUGAGACUAAAGCUAUGUUUCAGUUUGACAAAGACUUUGGGAAGACGUUGAAUGUAACUCGGUGUUCUGUUAUUUUUUUAAUUUACAAGUUCAUUUUGCAGCUUCUUUGUCCGGUUGUCUGUUAAAUUAUUAAACUUUUGAAUUUUCAUCAGUCACUCCAACUAUGUCCUGUAUCUUUCUUUACACCUUUUCUUUUACCCCCCCCCCCCCUUUCAUCUUUUACUUUCCUCCCAUUCACUAUCUGUCUUUUGUGUUUUUUUCUCCUCAGCUCAAACUUGGAGUGAGUUAAGAAUAUAUGGGUCAAAACAUGUCUCACGAUCCUCUAAGUCCCUGUGUUCCGCCCUCUCAAAGUCCAAACAUUUUGUUCACGACUUUUUGUCAGUCGUGUUGCUGCCUGUCUUCUCUUCUCGCCACCCUCUCCUUACCGGGCAAACAAUGACCAUUGUUGUUGAGUUGUUGCAAUAUGCUUCUCUUAAAUAAAUAAAUUUGAACCCUGCUGAACUUACUUACACCAAUACUGUUCAUGUUUUUUGUUUGAGUUUGUCAAGCAUAUUGGCUCUGUGAGUGGCUGCUUGAAAGUGAAAGUUUUACGCUUUAAAUUUGAUGCAUGGGAAAGAUUUUGGAAAGGCCACAUGGGAAAGACAUUACAAAGAUUAGUAACUAGUUGAGCUAAGACCUCACAGAUAUCUUUCUGAAUUUCUGCUGUUGGAUUUUUAUUUUAAUAAAUAAAUGGGAUGGACCUAGCUCUCUGCCUCAUCUUAUCAAGUUGUGGGCUUGUCAAGGGAAGUGUCGCAUAUGGGUGGUUGGCUGGUGCUCUGGUGUGGUAGUGGUAUGCUCGUUUUUUGUCAAAUAUCUUUUGUCUUUAUCUAUCUCUCAUCAAUCUUUUCUCUGUAUGUUACUCUUUAGUAGUAACACUUCUAAUCUUUAAUACUUAUAGAACCUUUUUGAGUUUCAAGUGCUAUGAAAUUCUAAUUAAAACUAAAAGUGCAGCAUGUUAUAAGAAUAAGAUCACUGAGUGAAAGGAUUCCUGUAUAGGGCUUAUCUCUGCAUAUAUUUGUGAAAGGAUUCCUAAAUAGGGCUUAUCUCUGCAUAUAUUUGUAAGAGUUCCUGCGCACAACUCCUUGUUUUCUGUGUACUUGUCCACCAAGCACAAUGUUACUGUUUUUUUUGUCAUGUUUGCUCUGUGUCCUAUCUGUUGAUUUGCCUUUCUCUCCUCAGCAAUGUUUUUAUCUUAAUUUUGUCAAGAUAUCUGCUUCUCUUUUACCUUUUCUCACAGCGAUAUAUGUUUUAAUCAUUUUGCCUAUAUCUGCUUCUCUUUUACCUCCUCACCCUGCGGUACAUUUUAAUCAUUUUGUCUAAAUAAAUGCUUCCCCUACAGUGGUGCCAGUACAUUUUUACCAUUUUGUCUGUACUAAAUGUGCUUCUUAUUUACUUGAAUAGUCCACCAUGUCCCUGUGAUUCAGUUAAUUUUUCAAGCUAGCACAAAAUAUUUCACAUAAAGAUGAUCUGUAGUGCAAUGCCCUUCUGCUAAUGAGCACACUAGCUCAGUUGGUGUCUUGCCUUUUUAUGGUGUGGAUCACCCUGGAUCGAAUCCCCACCAAGGUGUUCUUGAACUUGUGAAGCUUUUUUUUAUAUUAGUAAGUUUUUGAGGCUUGGCACCUACUUAGCUGAACGAGAUGGAGGUUAGAUUUGGAGGUCCCAUCUGUUGAAUAAGCUCUCAAAAUUGAAAGAUACGAAAAAAGCUACACUGUAGCAUACCACACCUUACCUUUCUGCAAGCCCACCGUCUAUGUUGUCAGUAUCUUCAUGGUGGCGCUAUGCCUUGUUUUACUAGGAACCGUGCGGUGUCUGAUUUGUUAACUCUGAAGAACUAUUGUAUACGUGCCAAUUGAUGUGACUGAAGUAUGGGAUAGAUUGUCGUUUUCUUGUUAUUUUUAUCUAUGACAGGUGCCACAUGUAGCUGUCUUUGUUACUGUUACUGUUAUUAUCAUUAUUAUCAUUGUUGUUUUUCUUCUUUUUUUUUUUUUUUUUUUUGUGGCGGUGCUAGCUUGUUACACGACUCUCAGAGCAGAGAAAUAAAAUAAACCUGACUUUAAUUG